AUGGCUUUACCUAUGAAGAACUCAGUAUUCUGUCUCCUUCUUCUUCUUCCUAUUUUGGCUUCAUGUGUUGAAAAACAGGUCUAUAUCGUGUACUUAAGAGAGCAUAGUGAAGAGAAAGCAUUGCAUGAAAUUGAAGAAACCCAUCAUUCUUAUCUGUUUUCUGUGAAGAAAACUGAGGAAGAAGCCAGAUCUUCUCUUCUUUACAGCUACAAGCACAGCUUCAAUGGCUUCGCCGCAUUGCUCACCCAACAGGAAGCCUCCAAACUGUCUGAGAUGGAUGAAGUGGUAUCAGUGUCUCGGAGCAACCCAAAAAAAUACUCUUUGCAUACUACAAGGUCAUGGGAAUUCGUAGGCUUAGAAGAGGAUACACAGAACAACUUGAAGAAAGAUGACUUGUUAUUGAAAGCCAAAUAUGGCAAAGAUGUCGUAAUUGGCAUCUUAGAUAGUGGUGUGUGGCCAGAAUCAAAGAGCUUCAGUGAUGAAGGGAUGGAGCCAAUUCCAGAAUCAUGGAAAGGAAUUUGCCAAACUGGACAAGCUUUCACCUUAUCGAACUGUAAUAAGAAGUUGAUUGGAGCUCGAUACUACAUUAAAGGUUACGAGGCAUAUUACGGCCCUUUGAACACCACAUUGGAUUGUCUAUCUCCUCGUGACAAGGAUGGCCAUGGGACUCACACAACAUCAACAGCAGGAGGCGGAAGAGUUCCCAACGUCUCAGCCCUCGGUGGAUUUGCAUCUGGUACUGCCUCAGGUGGUGCACCACUGGCACGUCUCGCCAUUUACAAAGUCUGCUGGGCAAUUCCAGGUGCAGGUAAAGAAGACGGGAACACAUGCUUUGAGGAAGACAUGCUAGCUGCUAUCGAUGAUGCCAUUGCUGAUGGUGUUCAUGUUCUGAGCAUUUCCAUUGGCACAAAAGAUCCUGCUGCUUAUGCUGAUGAUGGUAUUGCACAGGGAGCCCUGCAUGCUAUUAAGAAGAACAUUGUUGUGGCUUGUAGCGCUGGGAAUGAAGGUCCUGCCCCGUCUACAUUAUCUAAUACAGCUCCAUGGAUCAUCACAGUUGGUGCUAGUAGCGUGGACCGCAAAUUUACAGCUCCAGUUGUGCUUGGAAAUGACAGGGAAAUUGAGGGACAAACAGUAACUCCAGAAAAGCUGGAAAGAAAAUUGUACCCCCUUGUUUAUGCAGCACAAGUGGUUAACCCUGAUGUGCCCAACGAUUCUAUUGCAGGGCAAUGCCUACCAGGCUCUCUUUCACCUGAGAAGGUGAAGGGUAAGAUUGUGAUGUGCUUGAGAGGAAAGGGAACAAGAGUUGGAAAAGGUGGAGAGGUGAAAAGGGCCGGAGGAGUUGGUUUUAUUUUAGGAAACAGCCCUGCAAAUGGAGCUGAGAUAGCAGUUGAUGCGCAUGUUCUUCCUGCCACUGCUGUAAAUUCAAACAAUGCAAUUGAAAUUCUUCAAUACAUAAAUGCAACUAAGAAUCCAACGGCAUACAUUCACAGGGCGAGUACGGUAUUACAUGAUAAACCAGCACCAUCCAUGGCUUCCUUCAGCAGCAGGGGUCCGAGUGUGAUUUCACCUGAAAUCCUUAAGCCCGAUAUCACCGCUCCUGGGCUGAAUAUAUUGGCAGCAUGGAGUGAAGUAUCAUCCCCUACCAAGAUGGAAAAUGAUCAAAGAGUGGUGAAGUAUAACAUUAUCUCAGGAACUUCUAUGUCUUGCCCUCAUGUGGCUGCUGCAGCUGCACUAAUCAAAGCCAUACACCCAAGUUGGAGCAGUGCUGCCAUAAGAUCUGCUCUUGUAACUUCAGCCGGACUGACUAACAAUAUGGGAAUGAGGAUAACUGAUGCAUCUGGCAAACCAGCAGAUCCCUUCCAAUUCGGAUCCGGUCAUUUCAGACCAACAAAGGCAGCUGAUCCUGGACUAGUGUAUGAUGCCUCAUAUACCGACUAUCUUCUCUUUCUUUGCAGUAGUGGAAUCAGAAAUAUUGACCCUUCCUUCGAAUGUCCAAAAUAUCCUCCUACACAGCACAAUCUCAACUAUCCAUCCCUUGCAAUUCCCAAACUCAAUGGCACUAUGACAGUGGAAAGAACAGUCACAAAUGUUGGUGGCAGUAAGAGCGUGUACUUUGCUAGUGUUAAACCACCCUUGGGAUUCUCUGUCAAGGUCUCUCCGUCUAUACUAUCUUUUAACCAUGUUGGUGAGAAGAAGAAAUUCACCAUUACUGUAAAAGCACAAAGUGAAACGGCUAGCAAGAUAGGCAAAGAUGAGUAUGCAUUCGGAUGGUACACUUGGACUGAUGGAAUCCACAAUGUCCGAAGUCCAAUGGCAGUAUCAUUGGCUUAGUUUUUUUUCUCCUUUCUCUAUGUCUUUUUGGUUUUCAUAGUUGUUUUUUUACUUGAUUAUUUCAAAGCAAAGGAGUAUAAACAAAGGACGGAUUUUUCUAGAGCAUCAAAUAAUUGAAGGUUCAUGGGUUA